CAUUGAUGAGCUUCGCUUAGCAUCAGGUUAGAAUACCUCUUCAGGCGGACGGAAUUCAAGGAUGUUAUUUCUACCUACCUACCUACCUACCUACCUACCUAACCUACCUAGUUCUGGGGGCUACAGUAGUACAAAACGAGAGAUUCUAGAAGCCUGGAUAGCUUGGGGAUUUGGGAAGGUGCGACAGUAGGUAGUGUCGGAAGUUCCUACCCUCAGAUUCCCAAACCUAAGUACAGAGCCAAACUCAUAUUUUCGUUUUGCUUUCCUUCCAUGACUUGUCAUUAUCCUCAGUAGCCAUGGAGGAGCUCGAUGCCGCCUCAUUGCAAUGUCUCAGCUUAACUGCGCUCUCAUCCCCGUAGAUGCAGCCACCGAGCCGGCAAUUGGGGGCCCCGGAGCCCUUCUUACGUUCAUGGUUACGACUGUAACGACUCUCUUCCUCAGCGUCAGACUUAUCGUUGACGAUGUUCGAGCUCGGCAGGGCGUUCGACGCAAACCGUCCGUCAUCUGCCGAAAAAUCAUACAUGGAUACAGUAAUCAUCAGCUGGCGGUGGGCAUAGGGCUUCAGGCAAUAGGACUAUCGAGAACCGAAGUCUUUGUUCCGUUUCACUUCUUGAUGCUCUGGAAUCUUUCCCUCACCAGCAUGGCCACCCACAACUCCACCCUCCUCGUCCUGGGCCCCUACUAUAGCCGGGACAAAGUCCUGCUCUGGCUACGGCAAGUCUUGAUGUUUUUUCAUCUGGUUCUGAGCUGCGCAUAUGGGACCUUUGUGCUCCAGAUCGAGGCCGUGUCCCUGCCCGACACAUUACCCGUCGCUUGUGCCUGGCAAUACAACUACAGCAGCACCAUCGCCAGCAGUUUGUCGACAUAG